GUGGAUUCUCAUUCUCAUUCUCAUUCUCAUUCUCAUUCUCAAGCUCCCCACGUCUCUACAAACCUGCAUUUGCUCUGUUCUCCCAAAACCCAUCUCCAUUUCCGCUGCUUCUCAAUACCCUUUGCAAAUAACAUAUACAUUCCCACAGACGGACACAAGCUUUUGCAUCUUUUCAUCAAUCUCUGCCGGCGAUGACGGCUUCAGAAGAUGAAAAUUCCAUCGACAGGGUUCUUUCUGCAUUUGUGAAAAUUUUAAGAGAUUUGUUAGGUGGAAAAAAAGUGAAGUCAUUGAUCUUGACGCUUGAAGAAGUUGGUAUUUGAUUUAGAUCAUCAUAGAGCCAUCAAUUUCUGCAAAAGCUCUCUUGUCAUGCUUGCUCCCGUGGAAGCAGUUCUUUUCGAUGUAGAUGGAACAUUGUGUGAUUCGGAUCCGCUUCAUUACUAUGCCUUCCGUGAAAUGCUUCAAGAGAUUGGUUUCAAUGGUGGGGUUCCCAUUGAUGAGGAGUUUUUCAUUAAAAAUGUUGCUGGCAAGCAUAACGAUGAUGUUGCCCGAGCAAUAUUCCCAGAUGAUUUCGGACGAGGUUUGAAAUUUUGCAAUGAGAAGGAGGCUAUGUUUCGAAGAUUGGUUACCGAACAAUUAAAACCCGUGAACGGUUUGUAUAAAGUGAAGAAAUGGAUAGAAGACCACGGAGUGAAACGUGCUGCAGUUACGAACGCCCCUCGACCGAAUGCCGAGCUCAUGAUCUCCAUGCUUGGUCUUACGGAUUUCUUCGAGGCUGUUAUUAUAGGUGGUGAAUGUGAGCAUGCCAAACCACAUCCAGAACCAUAUUUAAAGGCUCUGGAAGUACUCAAAGUGACAAAGGAUCACACUUUCAUCUUUGAGGAUUCUGCAUCAGGGAUCAAAGCCGGAGUGGCAGCCGAGAUGCCUGUCGUCGGUAUAGCUACGAGAAAUCCCGAGCACUUAUUGAUGCAAGCCAAGCCUGCCCUCGUCGUAAAGGACUACGACGAUCCGAGAUUGUGGGCAGCUUUGGACGAACUCGACAAGAGAGGUGGUACCGUUAAGAACGCAUGAAUGAUCGUCAAUGGACGGUAUUGAUGAAAUGGUCUCUCAGUUCAUUGGUACUCUCUAUCUUGUUCUUAAAUAACUUAGCCGUAGAAAUAAAGUUGCUUCGGCUCUCAAUGCCAAUCCUAAUACAAUCUUGUUGCCUUUCUUUCUUGUA